AUGUAUAUAUAUGCCGGUCGUUUUAAUAUGGUUAAAAGACGUAAGAUUAGAGGUGAAUUGGCACCAAUGGAUAGAAUAACUAAUUCUAAUACUAAUACUACCAGUAACAACAACGACAACAAUAAUAAUAAUAGCAAGUCUGAUUUAGUUGUACUUAACGGAUCAAAAGUAAGAAGAACUUAUAGAAAAGAUCCUAAAAUAGUUAGAAAUAUUAAUAAUAAUUUAGUUACUAAAGAAUUUGUCUUCAGCCCAGAAUCAAUACCGAAAGCUUCUGUUCCAUCUCAUAAUGAUGAUGCUAACGAACACAACAAUAACGGUGCUAAUAAGAAGACAUUCUCCCAUAUUACCCCUCAUUCAGGUCGUAUGGUAACAGAUAAAGAUAUCGAACAUUAUUCAAGAAGACUCAUCUCUAGUUCACCAUCCUCCCACCCCAUAGAGACCGAUACAGAACCUCAAAUCUUAGAAGUUAAUCAAAUAAAUAGAGAUAAAAAUAAAGAACUUUAUUCCUUCGAAUUUGCUAAUAAUAAAUCCGACACUUCGGAAAAUAGACCACAUACUUCCGGUAAAGGUUUGCUACAUUCAUCACCAAUAAGUUCUGGUCCAUCUUCCCUUUUUAUGAGAAUGGUUGGGGUUUUAAAAUUUAUUAACGAAAGAGGUUCUUAUCAAUCUAUUAAUCAAGUGUCCUUGAAAUUUAAAGUCGAUAAAAAUGGCUGUUUUAUAAGCUUUCAGCAUAAAGAAGAGGACCUUUUGACUAGACCUUUAUCAUUUGAGAAGGAUUGUCAUGAUUUAUACUUUGAUUCCAACUAUUCAUGUUUGGGGGUCUUUUUGAAUAAAUCUAUCUUCAUUUUUUCUGAGACUGGUAAUGGUGGGUUUAAAGUAAGGACUAGAUUGAUUCUUUGGGAAAAUAACGAGGCACGAACACAGAAUGGACUCUCUAAAAUUGAAAAGCAAUUAUCACAUUUUAAUAUUAAAUGUAACAUCUCAGUAUUAAAUAAACAUACAGAAAUAAUGGAUACUUUAAAGACUAUACAUAGGAGGAUUUCGAAUCUGGGCAAUGAAAAUAUGGCUACUUCUGCCAUAAAAACCAUUUUCAAUCAACAAUCAAGAAUUAAGAAGGAUAGUUUUUUAAAUAAGCCAUUCUUUAACUCAUUAAGUGCUAAAAGAAAGCAUACUUCAUCCAUGUAUAAAACAUCAACAUCCUCAGUAACGAAAAUACAUAUUCCAAAUCAUAAUACUGAAAUUAGUCAAACGCCAACGGCUGUGACUUCAGUUAAGCAUGUUCCAGCCUCCUCUUUUUAUUCCAAUAUCUCUUCACCAACAAAUCCAUAUUCUAUUGAUAAUAAUAAACUUCAAUUGAACGUUAGGCGAUCCACGAGAAAUUUAGAUAAUCUUCAGAAGUGCCAUCAGGUGCUUGAUUUAGAUCUGGAAGAAUCAAAUGUAUCAUUUGAAGAACCAGAGGAAUUUAAACCAUGUCUUAAACAGAUGUUUAAAGAUAAUACAUGUUAUACAGUGACAAAUCAAGAUUUUAAAUGUCUAUAUAAUAAUGAUUGGAUAAAUGACAGUAUUAUUGAUUUUUUCAUUAAAUUUUACGUGGAAAAAUCAAUUGACAGAAAGGUUGUUAAAAGAGAAGAAGUUUAUAUUAUGUCAUCCUUUUUUUAUACAAAAUUGAUAAGUGAUCAUAAUCAAUUAUAUGAAAAUGUGAAAAAAUGGGUUCAAAAUUCAGAUUUAUUGAAUCGCAAAUAUGUAGUGAUCCCAUUAAAUGUAAGUUAUCAUUGGUUUGGUUGUAUAAUUACUAAUUUAGAUAUAUAUCACGAUUUUGUGCUAAAACAUAACAGUGUCAAAGGAAACUAUUAUAAUAAUAAUGCAGUUGGUAAUAAUAAUAAUACAAAAACUCCAAUUGAUUGCAAGUCUAUUGAAGAUAAUAGUCAAAAUGGAAAUGAUUCAGCUAAUGUCUCUAACAAAAAAAACAUGAAUGCAGGUGACACCUCUGAUAGAAUUACUAUGCAUUCAAACACAGAAAACUCAAAGGAGUCUAAUAUGUUAAUAAAUACGCAAGAUGGAUCUUUCAAAGACAAUGGAGGUCAUGAUGAUAUUGCCCUAAGUUGUCCCGUAAUUGAAAUAUUAACAUUUGAUUCUUUAAGGGGAACACAUUCUAGAGAAGUAGACCCCAUUAAAGAAUUUAUCAUAGCAUAUGCAAAGGAUAAAUAUAAUAUAUUGAUUGAUAAAGAUUGCAUCAAAAUGAAAACAUGUUUAGUCCCACAGCAACCAAAUAUGAGUGAUUGUGGUGUUCAUGUUAUAUCAACUAUCUCUAAAUUUUUUGAGGAUCCUAUUUCAACUAUGGAUGUUUGGAGAAAUGCAAAGAGUAAAAGUAAACAAUCUAAUAAAAUUGUGAAUGAUUAUUUUGAAAAAAAUAAGAGAAAUAGAGAAAGGAGAAACCUAAGGACAGUUUUGAAACAACUUUUAGCUGCUCAGAUUGAAAGAACAGGUAUCAAGUCUGAUAACGAUACUAAAAGUAUGGAUGAUAAUGAAGAUGAUGAAGAUAUUGAGAUCAUAGAAGAUAUGUCAAAAUAUACAAAUUUACCUGACAAAAACAAGCUUUUAAAAGAAGUGAAAGAAGCAGAGAAGGAAUUGCAAGAAGACAAGGAAAUUACAAAAGAUGAAAAGGCGGAUAAAGAAGUUAGUGUAUCACCUUGUAAAGAUAAACAUGUUUCUACUUCAAGAAUCAGUGAUGGUCUAACUUCUGAUCCUCCUUCGAGUCCAUCAGAAGAGGUACCUAAACAUUUCAAGAAUCCAUUACACCUUGAAUCACAGAAAUCCAGUCCAUCCAGUACACCAAAUUCAUCACGCAAUAUCGACUAUACUGGUAUAACUAUUCCAAAAGAAGCAAUAGUUGAUACUGAUUUCUUAGAAAGUUCUCCAACUAAAUAUCACAGCAAUCAUCAAAGGGAGAAAAAUAUCAGACCUAUCCUCAGUCCAUUUUUUAACAAAAUAAGAAGUUCAGACCGAAAUGAAAAUGAAACAAACAAGAACGAUAAGAUAUCAUUGUUGCAGGAAUCGUCCAAUACUUACCAUACCCAACGUUAUAGGUUAUUGAGAUCGCCGAAUAAAUACCUUGAUGAUUCCGUGAAUGAGGAUACUUCUCAUAGUGUUAUUGUAUCAGAUGCCGACGAAGAUGUUAAACUAGUAGGUAAAGAUAAAGAGUCUUCAACAGUGGUAUCGAAUGACAUACGAAGGAUUAACAAGAGAGACACUGCAGAGGUAAUUAGUGAAAAGAUGGAACAAGAAUUGAAUGAGAAGGAUAUAUAUAAUAAUUUUGAGGGUAAGGAUACGUUAACAAAUAAUAUUAUAAAAACUGAUGAAAGCGACAUACUAAAAACUUUUUCUCCUGUUAUCCUUAGAGAUGGUAUUAAAUCGCAACCAGUAAAUGAGUUGAUUUCUCUGGAUGAUGAUUAG